UGAGCUGUAGGUUGAGAUGAAGUCGGUGGAUUCUCAUACUAUAUGACAGGCUUCACUGCUCAUUUGUGGAGUGGCACGGGACGCCGAGCUUUGUGUUUUUGUUUAUUUGCCUGUUUUGCCGGUGUUUAUGUUGGGAUUUUUCGACGUGCAGCCACAGGUUGACCGAUUUAAUCCAGUCAACAUGGAUUACACCUCUUCAUCUCGGGUCGAUUGACACUGAGCCGAUCGAAAUGGGCACCAUCGAGAGAUCAGUGAUGAGCGAGAGGGAAACAAACUGAGCAUAUCAAGUGAGCGGACACGGAGGUAAACAUCUGUGGGGGGAAAGCGGCGCACAAUUUCCAGAGACAAGCGGAGACCUGUGGAGGGACCUGCACGAAAGAAGGAGAAGCGAAAAGAUAAUGGGAUGGCCUUGACAACAUGAAAAAGAAGAAGUGUGGUGGUCUUUUUUUCAUCCAGCCAGUGAUUCAACACAACUAACCUGGGGGACAAGGACUGAACGAGAAGAGGUAGGAGAAAGGUGCCUGGCCACAGCCGUGACCAUGGAACCUCCCCCCUCUCUGAGCCUGGCUCUGCUAGGAGGGAGCGAGGACGAGGACCAGCGCUUCCUCCUACCCCUGGGCAGUAUAACCCAUCCCUCUACCACUGGCAACCAGCCAGGAUCAAACCACUCCAACCACAUGGGAGGAUCAAGCCUAGAUCGUCUAAAUGGCAGCACCCCGUCCCCGUCCUCUGCCACGCCCAGCUUACCUCCAGCAUCGCUACCCAAGUUGCCCCUGUCAUCCUCCACAACCCAGCCUCUGCCCCCAUCCAUCCCCAACGCCCUUCACCCCACGAGCACUCCCCUCUCCUCCUGCCUGGGCUCACAGCACAGCCUGAGCGGGGACAAUUCACCGGUCUACAACGCCCUCUUUUAUUCCUCCCAUUCGCCCUCCAUGGAGCGGGAAAGGGACAGAGAGCGGGACAGGGACAGGGAGCGAGAGAGGGGGUGCAAACACAGACAGGCCAGCCCUCUGGUCCAUCGCAGGGACAGUAACCCCUUCACAGAAAUCGCCAUGAGCUCCUGUAAGUAUACAGGCGGGGUCAUGAAGCCCCUGAGCCGCCUCAGCGCCUCCCGCAGAAACCUCAUUGAAUCGGACAGCAGCAGCGAAACCAAAGAGGCUGGCGUUUCAUCUGUUGCCGGGGCAACUGCUACUGGUGGUCAUGAUCGACAGCGGGAAGCCCCUCCUACCUCCUUGUCGGCCUCCUCUACCAAUCAACCCCCAAUCCAGAGCCCUCCAGAGAUUGUGAUAUCAUCCAAAGAAGACUCGCCGUACCCCAGAGUAGGGUAUGACAUCACAGACUCCACAUCUGAUCAGAUGUCCAUCUACCACCAGAACCAUGCGCUGGUGGAGAGCAGGCGGGCGCAGACAGGGAGGGGCAGCAGGCAAGGAGGGGUCGGGGCGGUAGGGACCGGGGCCAGAGGCAGCACCUCCAAGGCCUCCAAGCGUAAGAACCAAAACAUUGGCUAUAAACUGGGGCAUCGCAGGGCACUGUUCGAGAAGAGGAAGAGGCUGAGUGACUACGCCCUCAUCUUUGGGAUGUUUGGAAUCGUCGUCAUGGUGAUUGAGACUGAGCUGUCUUGGGGCGUGUACACAAAGAGCUCCAUGUAUUCUCUGGCCCUGAAGUGUCUGAUCAGCCUCUCCACUGUCAUCCUGUUGGGUCUCAUCAUAGCCUACCAUGCGCGGGAAGUUCAGCUGUUCGUCAUCGACAACGGAGCAGACGACUGGCGCAUCGCCAUGACCAUGGAGAGGGUUCUGCUCAUUGCUCUGGAGCUGCUGGUGUCUGCGGUGCAUCCAGUACCCGGGGACAUUAAGUUUCAGUGGCGGGCGCGGCUUGCCUUCUCGUAUGCACCGUCGCAGGCCGAGGCAGACCUGGACAUGGUGCUGAGCGUGCCAAUGUUCCUGCGCCUCUACCUCAUUGCUAGAGUCAUGCUUCUACACAGCAAACUGUUCACUGACGCCUCCUCCAGGAGUAUAGGCGCCCUAAAUAAGGUACAUUUUAACACACGAUUUGUAAUGAAAACCCUCAUGACUAUCUGCCCCGGGACGGUGCUGCUGGUCUUCAGCAUCUCUCUGUGGAUAAUCGCUGCCUGGACCGUAAGAGUGUGCGAGAGGUACCACGACGCUCAGGAUGUGACCAGUAACUUCCUGGGAGCCAUGUGGCUUAUCUCCAUCACGUUCUUGUCCAUCGGCUAUGGAGACAUGGUCCCUCACACCUACUGUGGCAAAGGAGUCUGUCUGCUCACAGGAAUCAUGGGUGCUGGUUGUACAGCUCUGGUGGUUGCCGUGGUAGCCAGGAAGCUGGAGCUGACCAAGGCCGAGAAACACGUACACAACUUCAUGAUGGACACGCAGCUCACAAAGCGGAUAAAGAAUGCAGCGGCUAAUGUGCUAAGGGAAACCUGGCUCAUCUACAAGCACACCAAGCUGAUGAAGAAGAUCGACCACUCCAGGGUCCGCAAGCACCAGCGGAAGUUCCUCCAGGCGAUACAUCAAUUACGCAGUGUGAAAAUGGAGCAGAGAAAACUCAGUGACCAGGCCAACACACUUGUGGACCUCUCAAAGAUGCAGAGUGUCAUGUACGAGCUCAUGUCGGAGCUCAAUGACCGCAGCGAGGACUUGGAGCGCCAGAUGUUGUCCCUGGAGCAGCGAGUUGAACAGCUCACCGCCGGCUUCAACACCCUUCCCGCCCACCUCUCGGCCACCCUCAGCGCACAGCAUGCCGCCCUGGUCCACCUGCUCCGAGAGAGGGAUUCAAGGGACGGUAGAGGAGGUGGUGGUGGUGGUGGUGUAGGAGGAGGAGGUGCUAUGGUUCCUCUGUCCCCUGCUGCUUCUUUAACAAGUCCUCCAGCUCCAGUUUCUCCCGUCCAAGUCACAUCUCCCGUAACUCCCUCAUCCCAGGUCACUACUUUGGCCUUGGAGUCCCCUCUGUCACCUCCCCCUGGGAGCCCAGAGGGGAGCCUUGAGGCGAGUCCCAACCUCAACACCACCUGCACUUCUAGCUGCUGAAGACAGCUCUGAGGACCAGGAGAGGAAGAAAACAAGGUCGGAGAAGAGGAGGCCAGGCUAGUCCUCUUUCUUCAGACUGAAGGAGUGGAAAAAGGAGGGAGGAGUAGGAGGAGAGAAUCGAGAGGUGAUCCUCUAAAGCUGGAGUGACGAAAACAGGACUAUGAGGAGGACUAAUAGCAUUAAGAUGGAGGGCCUGUGUGAAUGAUGAGACGCGUUAGGGACUUUUGGGCGCUUUCCUUAAUGAGGGAAGAUGAUAAAAUGGAGACUCUUAAAGGUGUGAGGGAGAGGAAGGACGUCAAGAGGGUGAGAAAGGGAGGAAGAGAGGACGGAGAGGGGGACGUAGGGAGGGGGGAGAACUAACUAGGAAUAAUUAUAUGAACUCAGAGCUCCAAUUACUGAAAAGGCCUUUUAUUCCCCGCCCCUCUCUCUCUCUCUCUCUCUCUCUAUCUCUCUCUCUAUCUUUCCUUCCCCCCUCUAAAUCUCUCUCUCCCUUCAUCAGGAAUUAAUGACCAUAACUUUUUAUCCUUAUGAUGUAUUUUCUAUCUGAAUGCUAAUUGUGUGUUAACGAGCAUCCCUUUAACAGAAGGUCCAAUCAAUACGACCAUUAUAUAUAUUUAAAAAAAAAAAAACUAGUGGCAUGCAUCGCACACAUACAUACACACACCCACACACACACUCCCAACUUACAUUAUCCACGCAAUACAAGGGAACACAGCACAAACAUGAAUACACAAUCUAUCACAAUGCAGUAGAAUGAAUGCAGAAGCCCACAAGAUAAUACUUAAGCCUAUACUGCCAAGCACUCAAUGCACUGUCAAUCACCACACAGCACUGCCAAAUAGUGUGGACACACUGUAAAAAAAAAAAAUGUUCAUCCAAACAACUUAUCCUUCGUCGCUGCAAGCUGCUGCAGUAGUUUAGACCUACAGUGCAUAGUUGUGACACUUUAACUACUCAGUCGGGAGAAUAGUGAAUGUCAGUGAGCUGCACAAAUUACAGAUCAAGUUGAAAUAAGUUGGUAUGACACUGAGGGACAUGAGUCACAGCAACGUCUGUUUGUGGUGAGGAGGAAAGUAGCAGAUGACAAAAUAAACAAACACAACUACAGCAGGGCUUUAUUCCUACAAUGGUUGAGGUAAAGAUACAGCUACACUGAUGUGUAAGUGUAGUAAUGAGUUUCCGUAAAAAAAAAAAAAAAGAUUUUCCUUGAUUUCUGAACCUCAAAUUUAACAUUUUAGUUUUAAGUGCAUUUAUACAGGGAUGGUUGAUGGAAGACAGAGUAUACCACGUUACAAAAAAUUAAACAAUUAAAUUAAAUUAAAUAUCAUAAUUUAUAUAUUUAUGACUUUUUUUUACUUGUUUUGAUGAAUUUUACUGGAGUCUAUCAGCCAAGAGCUCUGCUGGAGACCAUUAAGAGUUCAGACAUUAUCCAUUAAUAAUAAAUUAUCUAUUUAUUCUAGGCUAUGAAGAGGCUCAGGUUGGUUGAAGUCAGAUUGACUUGUAAGAUUUAGAAUGUAUUUUUUUUUGCUCUAAUUCUCUGAAUUUUUAAAAUAAGAAUUACACAAAUGAUUCUUUACAUUUGUAGUUGAAUUUACUUUAAACAAAUCUCAAAAAUGUUUUGUUUGUGAUUCUAAUGUGAUGAAUAUGUUUUCUCUGUACGGUUGUGUCCUCAACUCUUUAUAAAGGGAAGAAUAAGAACGUACUAACUGCCAUUCUCUUCAAGCUUUCAGUCCCAAAACAACGCACUGUUAUCAUGAAUGUAUUCUGUGUAAAGAAAUACACUCAGAACAGUCUGGCUUGCUCAAUCACUUAAACUGCCACGCAGACACAGGAACAUGUACACAUACAUACACAUGCAUACAGAUACACACAUACACACACACACACACACACACACACACACACCUCGCAACCAAAGUGCUCUCUCUUAAAUGGACUUCAAUAAUAGGCAGGGAACGCUGCUGUCACUGGGGACAAAAGAUAGCAGGAGGCGUUGCAGAUAUCUUGACAAUAUUUCUGAGGGAAUAACUGUGAAAAAUUUGGGCAUGGACUUGUUACAGAGCUGUACAUGGACUGCUCUUCACUGCUUUAAAACAGGUUACAGAGGACGAUGGAUGGACACGAAUAAACAUUAGAAAAGAGAAAUGGCCAUGAAAGGAUAUCUGUAAACAAAUAAAGCAUUGAAAUAGAGACAAUGGUAUAUCUGAGAGGAGUCAUACUGGUGUGAGUAGAGACAAGCCUACCCUUACAUUGGAGACAAAAACUGUCUUAUAGCGACAUGCUGUGGCCGGAAUACUGAAUUACAUACGCUUGGAAUAUUGUAUAGUAUGCUGUUAACGAAACCUAGCUUUGUAUUGCUUAGUCUUUUCUACCAUUAUGAUUAAACCGCAGUUAUAGCUGAUAUCAAAUAUUA